GUGGGCGUGUCUCUGUCACUUUUAUAACGUCUUUCAGGAAGUAGACAUUUUUUUUCUCUUGUUGUAACUUUCUUUUGCGUCUGAUAGAAACGCGUUGAUGGUGAGCUUUGGCUGAAGGGCCGUCAUGUCGGACUCUUUGGAUCGGUCCACGAAGAUCAACUUAUUGAAGGAGCCAGUUGUAAAGAGGCUGUGUGAGGUGCUGGACAAAUCCAGCACAAAAGGAUGGAGAAAACUUGGGGAGAUUGUCGGCAGUGAUAGACGGUUUAAAGUCAGCUCAGAUGACAUGGAGAUGUGCUCUCUGAAGGUGCUGGAGCUGGAGGGCAGCCCGAGCCUCAUGCUGCUGAGGCUGAUGGGAGAGCGAGGCUGCACCACGGGUCAUCUGAUGGAUUACCUCCAAACUUUAGGCAACUCAGAGGCUCUGCAGUGCCUGAAACCACCAGCCCUCCAGAUCCUCAUUCAACCUCAGUCUGUGGCCAUUAUAUGUGGCCACAAUCUGCGUCUCAGCUGCCAUGGCGUGGGCAAAUCUCCAGUACAGUAUCAGUGGUUCAAAUCUAAGGAAGAGGUUCCAAACAGCUUCUCCCCAGACUUGGUAAUAAGUCCGGUCCAGUUGAAGGAUGCUGGCUUUUACAUCUGCAGAGUCAACUGUGGAGAUGCCUUUGAGUUCAGCCAGUGGGCCCAGGUGGACGUCCUGAACGCCGACAUGUGUUACGCAGGACAGAGUUAUCACUCUUUAGAUGGCCGGCUAAAGUUGGUGAUCCAGCCUCAGUCCCAGCAGCUACAUGUUGGGGAAGAUUUGCUUCUGGAAUGUGGAGCGGUGGGACGGCCGAUCCCUCGAUACCAGUGGCACAGAAACGGAGUCCCGAUUCCUAAUGCCACAAAGAGGAAACUCACGAUUGCUCAUGUGAUGCAGGAACAACAAGGCAGGUAUCGCUGUGAGAUCAGCGGCACCUCUGAGAGAAUGUGGACCAAUGAAGUUGAUGUUGUGAUAGCACCAAGGAUAUCUGUGCAGAUUACAGGGGCAAUGGAGUGCUCUGAAGAUGACAUUUAUGCCAUUGGAGGAGGUUCCAAUGAAUUUUUCCUGAACAACAUUCCUGAACAACUUUACGCAACCGACAAAGUGGCCUUGCUCAUCGGCAAUCUGUCGUACCAGAACCACCCGCAGCUUAAAGCUCCCAUGGUGGAUGUUUACGAUCUCACUAACCUCCUGCGGCAGCUAAAUUUCAAGGUGGUUUCGCUGCUGGACCUCACGGAGUCGGAGAUGAGAAAUGCCGUAGAUGAGUUUCUACUGCUGCUUCACAAAGGAGUGUACGGCCUGCUGUACUACGCUGGUCAUGGAUAUGAGAACUACGGAAACAGCUUCAUGGUUCCGGUAGAUGCUCCAAAUCCGUACCGCUCGGCCAACUGUUUAUGUGUGCAGAGCAUCCUUAAGCUGAUGCAGGAAAAGGAGACUGACCUCAAUGUUUUCCUGCUGGACAUGUGCAGGAAGAGGAAUAUCCACGAUGACAGCACUCCAAACAUUGUCCUGAGGGUAACCGCCAACAUUGUCUUUGGAUACGCCACGUGCCAAGACGCCGAGGCCUUUGAGCUGAGCUCCACUGGCUUCACCAACGGCGUGUUUGUCAAGUUUCUGAAGAAGCGUCUGCUGGAUGAUGAGAAGAUCACCGUGGUGCUGGACAGAGUCGCUGAGGAUAUGGGCCAGUUUGAUGCUACGAAGGGGAAGCAGGCUCUAGAGAUCCGCAGCAGUCUUUCGGAGAGGAGAGCGCUGACGGAUCCUAUUCUGCCCGGAGACAGCGCGGAUCUCGCUCAAGCUCACAGCCGGCAGUGGGCAAAAGCUCACGAACUUCCUGAGAGUAUGUGUCUCAACUUUGACUGCGGGGCUCAGAUCAAGCUGGGCUUCGCUGCGGAGUUCUCCAAUGUCCUUGUGAUUUACACUCACAUCGUUAAGAAACCUACAGACAUGUCCUUCUGCCAAGCUCACGUCACUGACUUCUCACAGGACCUCGAUGUAGAUCCUAAGCUGAUGAACAGGGAGACUCCAGAGGAGACGGGGAUCUACCUCCUGUCCAGCAGCCUGCCGCAACACUGUCUCUACACCAGACUCAGCUCACUGCAGAAGCUCAGGGAGGAGCUGGUCUUCACCGUGUGCCUUCAGGGAACCUUCACGGCCAUGGACGAUGAUCAUCCAAUCCACUGGACGAAGAGCGUCAACAUCGGAAAGCCGCUGAUUGCUCGACUGGACCUCCACCGGGCCAUGCGGCGAAACAGCUGCCUGCAGACCUGCCUGAUGCCCCACAGUCCAUCCCACAGCCCCUGUCACAGCCCUGGACCUGAACACCGUCACCACCUCUAUCACGGGUCGCACCAGGCCCAGGACUACAACCGCCUCUUUCCACAGCAUCGCUACUUGGACAUCGGCGAUCCGCAGGGUGCAGUGGGAGGCUGUGGCGAUUUCUACUGUGACAAUCUCAGCCAGUGUCGCUACGAGCCCACAUACAGCUCCGGUGGGCUUUCGAGCUCACCGGGCAGGCUCAGCAUUCCCAUAGAGACCACAGACGACAUUGAGGAGCUGCAGACUGUGUUCAUCAACAGUCUGCAGCUUCAGCCACAGUGAAACAGAAGAGAAGCUUUAAAUAUCUGUAGUUUUAUAUCUGUAUUACUGCUGCUCUCGUUGUUACAUAUUCUACAAAUAUUUUAUAUGUAUGCAUCAUCAUCAAUUUUAUGCUGACUUUUGUAAAUCAAUUUUUGAGAUCUGAAAAAGUUUGAGUAAACUGACACACCAG